CGCCACUCCCCUCUCCAUCUCGGGCUCUCGUCUCUCCCAGCUCGUCAUCUCCAUCUCGCCGCCGUCUCCUCUGCCCUCCUCGCGCCGGCGCCGGACCAAGGAGCGCUGAGGCAGACGCGCCAUGCUCCCCACGCCGUCCUCCGCGUCGGCGUCGCUGGCGCCGGCGGCCCCGCAGCAGGGGCUCCUCCCCAGCGGCGCAUGGACGUCGGACGGCGCCGCCGCCUCGCGGCACCAGCUGGCCAUCAGCAACGGGGUGCUCCUGGCCGCGGUCAUCUUCCUCUUCAUGGUCGUCGUCUUCGUCUUCCUGCUCUACCUCUACGCCAAGCGCUACCUGGGCACCUCCAACCCGCUGCUGGCGCCGUCCACGCCGUCCUCCCGCUUCCUCUUCGUCGCCGCGUCCCCGCUCCCGCAGCGCGGCCUGCCCGCCGCCGUCCUCCGCUCCCUCCCCGUCACGGUCUACGGCGCCGCCGGCUCCCCCGCCUCCCCCGGCAAGGAGCGGCUCGAGUGCUCGGUGUGCCUGUCCGAGGUGGCCGACGGCGAGAAGCUGCGGACGCUGCCCAAGUGCGCGCACGGCUUCCACGUCGAGUGCAUCGACAUGUGGUUCCAGUCCCACGACACCUGCCCGCUCUGCCGCGCCCCCGUCGGCGCCGGCGCCGACCUCGGCGCCCUGCCGCGGGAGGACCCCGCCGCCGCGUCGCUCGAGUUUCCCAUCUUCCCCACCAACGUCCUCUUCUGGGGCACCCACGACGAGGUCGCCAACGCCGGCCCCGCCGCGCCGCCUCCCCACAUCGCCGGCACCUCCGCCACGAGCUCCUCGGCCUCCGGCCGCCGCAAGGAGAACCUGGUCAUCGACAUCCCGACGCGCGCCGUGGCCAUCAACACGCCGCCCAUGAACUCCCCGCUGCCGACGAGCCGGAUGCCCUGGAGCGCCGACGAGAUGCGGUCCCCUGUCUCCGCCCGUCUCCGGUCCCUCCGCCGGCUGCUGAGCCGGGGCAAGCAGGCCGUGGUGGGCACCUCCUACAGCCCGCGCGCCGCCGGGGACAUCGAGCAGGGGUUCGCCGGACCCGAGGCCGGCCGCCCGCCCAAGACGCCCAAGACCCCUCCGUCGGCGAACUGAUUCGUUGGGAUCCCCGAGCUCCGGGUCGCAUUUGGCCCACCUCGGCCGAUCACCGGAGCCGCGCAGACGUGUUCAUUCUUUCUUUCUUUCUUCUCUCUUUUUCCCCCUUCUCUUCUCGAUUUAGAAAAAAAAGAGGAAUUUUGGCUCAAAAUUCUGAUCUGUAAACAAAAGCAGAGACAUCGGUGUUGAUUGGUUCGUGGUGUUGGUGGAUAGUACAGUAAUUGACCAAUUUGUUCAUUCAUGUUGA